ACAUGUACAUGGAGAAAACCCUUGUUGAUAUAUCUCUAUUCAAUAUUACACCGUGUAUAGGAAAUGUACAAUAGAUCGGUCUUAAUCCUGCGCACAACGGACUGCUCAUACGAUCUUCUACUUUGACACGCAGGCUUGCUAUUUUCGCCAAGCCGUAUUAAAUACAAUUCCGACAUGACUUCUGACACUGAAAAUACUAGCAUGUAGUAAUCGAACCAGGCAAUGGAGGUUUUUUAUUCCGACGUGUAAAUGUUUUAUUUAGACUACAUGUGGAUUAAUAAUGAAACAUUACCGCGUGGCAGGAGUAUAGGGCAGUGAUAGUCGGUGGGACUAACUCCGGACCAGAGGUAGUUUCUUACAUUCUUGUCACAAUCAUCUGAGACCUACAAUGGACAACAUGUCAGUUCCAACGUAUCACGUGGUAAUGGACGUGGACUGUACCAGUCAUCCUAUUAUGGUAGACCCUGAAAAGGACCCGUAUGUGAACAUUAAACAGAGGCUGUAUAGAACUUCCUCGUUCUAUAAAGACUUCAAACAGCCCGAAAAUGAACCUACUUCCAUCGCAAAACAGUGCAAGGAGCAGGUCUCCAGCAUGUGCGCAUGCACAAGUGAGAGGCGGAAAAAGUUCUGUCAUAAACUCUUACCUUUCAUCAAGAUGUACCAGAAAUAUAACUGGAAAUUAGAUCUCCCAAGUGAUAUUAUCGCUGGUUUUACCGUCGGAAUCAUGCAGCUUCCACAAAGUAUGGCGUACUCGAUGUUGGCUGACCUCCCCCCUGUAGUAGGCCUUUACAUGUCUUUCUUCCCUGUCAUGGUCUAUUUCUUCUUCGGGACAUCAAGACAUAUAUCAAUGGGAACGGUUGCCGUGGUCAGUUUGAUGACGGGGUCAGUCCUGGCCAGACUAGGACCUCAGUACACAGAGGAGGUAGCAGGACGAGGAUGGUCAGGGAAUGGAACUGAGAUGUUCUUUGGCAAUUCUAGUGUGAACAUGUCGACUACGACGCCCGGAGCGCCCCCUGUCAACCUGUUAUCUAAACACGAUAUAGACAUGCAGAAGAUUGCCAUAGUGUCUUCCUUCUGUCUCUUAGUUGGGAUCAUACAGGUGAUAUUCGGGGCGUGUCGGCUGGGGUUUGUGACUACCUACAUGUCCGACCCACUCGUCAGUGGGUUUACCACAGGCGCAGCCGUCCACGUCUUUACCAGUCAAGUCAAGUAUAUUUUUGGGCUGGACAUUCCACGAUUCGGAAAUCUGUUCCAGAUCGUUUAUACAUAUAAAGCCAUAUUCAGCAGUAUCCACGAGGCGCAGUUGGCUACAGUAGUAACGUCAGCUGUUUGCAUUGUGUUUAUUUAUCUUGUCAAAGUCCAGAUCAACCAAAGGUUUAAGGAUAAACUGAAGGUUCCUCUACCUAUCGAGUUAUUUGUGGUUAUCAUUGGGACAGUUGUUUCACAUUUCGCCAAAUUCAAGGUUAAUUACGACAUGAAAGUCGUCGGUGAGAUUCCUGCAGGUUUGCCUGACCCGAUCCUACCCACCUUUACGGGUAUGGGAGAAUACUUUAGUGACGCUGUCAUCGUGGCCAUAGUGGCGUUCGCACAGUCUGUGUCAUUGGCAUCUCUGAUGGCUAAAAAACACGGCUACGUCAUCGACUCUAACCAGGAGUUUGUAGCGUAUGGUUUUGGUAACAUCUUCGGCUCAUUUUUCUCCUGUUACCCAUUUGCCGCCUCUGUUUCUCGGAGUUCUGUACAAGAUUCAGCAGGAGGAAAAUCUCAGAUAACGAGUCUGUUUUCGGCAGCGCUAGUUCUAGUUGUUAUCCUUAUCAUCGGACCAUUGUUUGAAUCCUUGCCAAACUGUGUGCUAUCGUCAAUCAUUGUUGUUGCCCUGAGGAGUAUGUUCCUGCAGAUCUUUGAACUAAAGAAGCUGUGGAAAGUGUCUGGUUUUGACUGCAUGAUCUGGAUUGUGACGUUCCUAGCAGUGGUUAUCCUGUAUGUGGACCUCGGACUCUGGAUCGGGCUUAUCUUCUCCUUCUUCACAGUUGUCCUGCGUACACAGAGGGCCAAAGCCAUUACACUUCAACGGAUAUCAGAUGUUGACAUUUACGCUGAUGACAAGAAGUAUAUGAAGACACGGAACAAUCCCGGGGUACGAGUUAUCUCUUUUAACUCCCCUCUCUACUACGCCAACGGGGAUAUAUUCCUCCGUCAAAUCUUCACCAUUUCCGGACUGAAACCGCAGAGAGUUCGUAAGGAAAUUAAACGGUUCGGGUCUGUUGCGGAAUUUAGACGAAAUAGCAGCCGCCUACAAGUCACUAGCAACAACAUCGUCGCAGACCAGGAAGGGAUGUCCAACGGCAACUGCAGUAAUGACAAAGACAAGAACGAUAACUCAUCGGCCAUGGUACAUCACAUCGUCCUCGACUUUGCUUCUGUAUGCUUCGUGGAUUCGGUCGGAUGUAAAGUUCUUAACCAGCUCUUCAACGAUUAUAGAUCUAUUGGUGUCAAAGUAUUCUUGGCCAGUGUCAGCGAUGAUGUUUGGUCGGUGUUAAAAACCACGGGUUUCCUGGAGAAGUAUGAGAAGAACGUAUACAUGUCUGUUAACGACGCUGUCGUCGUGGCCAUAUCAGAGGGGGAAUCUUUUAACGAGGAUGAGUCGGAAUCGGAAAGCAAUGCGGAGGAAAUCGACUCCAGACCAGAAGACAGGGUAUCACGCAUAUUUAGAAAAAAGGUACAACGAAGCAAGACAGAAAAGGUAAACAAUCCAUCACAUGGAAAAGCGUGCUGUGCAGUGACUAUCUGUGACAGCAAACAGUGACAAGCGAUAUCAGGAUGACUGGGUCUGUUGAAACAGGAAUAAAUCAAGUGUAAGGAGACAAAGACUCAAAUUUCAUGAAAACUUUACAAAGUGACACAAAUCUGUUUGUUAAAAACUUCAUUUUGUUACGAAGAAAUAUCAAAGAAUCUUUAUUAUAUCGCGAUGUCGUUCUUUCAUAUAAAUAUAUAUAUAUAUAAGAUUUCUCUUUAGCAGCAUGGGGCAUCCCGGUAAAGGAAUGGAAAUAUCGCUUAAUUAGUCUACAGUCUCUGCAUUUUACUCUGAGUGACAGAGUAUAUAGUAUAUAGUUGAUAGAAUAGUGUUAACUAGCUGACACAGGAUGCUUGAGUCCUCUGUAUGCGAUCAAUCAUUUUAUUACGUCACGGUAAAUGUUUUUAAUGUAUUAAUGUGUUCUUUUGAGCGUUUGAAUUUGGUUAAAAAGAUAUUUUUGAUGCAAAUAUUUGUAUCUCAUUUGAUUGUCAGAAUAUAAUUACGAUGGAUAUCAUUUCAAAUCAGUAAACUUUGUAACACCCAAUAAAGUAACCCCAUCACUAGUGUGACCCGGUUUAUAUGGGGUACAGAUGCAACCACUAUUGUACUCACUCGCAGGAGUCGAUAUCUUUUUAACAUCACCCACUUUUGUACCCGUUUACACCAGUGGGUACAGAUGCACUACUGGUGUAGCCGGAUAACUAUUGUUGAUGCUCAGUAGUGGAUAGAGAGACAAUAAUGGAUGGGACAGAUAAUUACCCUAACAGGCUAAGACUAUCAGAUAUUUUGUAGAUAUUUCUUUUAUCUAGUCAAAGCUGUGUUUACGUAAGACUUCAACCUUAGUAAAAUAGUCAGUGAAUUGUAAACAAACAAUAGUAUUCAUCAUUCUUACGAUGUAGAUAUGUGUGCAUACGUCUUAUUAACACUAUUGGUGAGUCAUAACAUCACAAUAUGUCUUAAUAUGUAUAUAGUUUAUACCCACAUAUGUAUCAUAGUAGGAAAAGAGAAUAAUUGUGCAUAACUCCUUAGCCACUUGCCAUAAUGUUGGUAUUUUAUGUGAAAUCAAUUAGUUUUCACGUGUAUCUUCUGCUGUUACGCAGCAAACGACAUUUUCGCUAGAAUUCGGAUUGGCGAAAGAAACCAAGAUAGCUGUGUCUGGAAAAAGUGAUUCUACAUGUUAACAAGUAAACUGUGAUUAAACACGUGCUUCAGUAUUCUACGAACACGUAUUGCCUUAAUGCAUGAGCGUUGUAUAUAUUUGGUUGAUUGUGAUUGAAGUUAACGUUGUGUAUAUCAUCAAUAUGUAACGUGAUUUCAUCACAAAUGUUAUUAAUAAAAGGUGCCAGUUCAUGGUUCGUCAUGUAUUUUUAGAUGCAAACAUAGCCAUUUAAUGUUAUUGUUAUAUUCCUACAUAUAUAGAUAUAUUGGGACCAAAUACACUUUUGAAAUCAAAAAAGAUUGCGAUUUUAUUUUUAUAUGAAUUGCUCUCUUGUAGAGCUUUACUGUGACCCGCACGUUUUUAUACAUUGGUGCAAAGCGAACCUUCAACCACUACACUUGCCAAAAGCCACCCACCAUGUGUAACAUUUAUAUAUCAUAUUAAAGGUGUCAUGGAAAGGUAAGCGUUUGGCGUGCAACAUGUGGCAUUCGUCAUUCUGCGUCCUGCCUACUACAGAAAGCGUUUACCAUUUAACCCAGGGCACGAUGAACAGACAUGAGAAGACACUGAAUUCCUUUAGCUAAACAUCAAUUUAGAUUGACAUUUUCCCAUUAGAAAUCCAUCCAUUUUCUAAUUAUUGUUUUUAUGUAAAUCUACAAUGAUUAGAUAGGGGAAAACAGGCUAAAGAUAUAUGCAGCGAGUAUAUUAUUUCCCCCUAAAUGUAAAGACAACAAAAGGUUUCAGUAGAAGAAUGCGCACGGUCAUCGGACCUGAGCCCGUAGUCAGAAAACCGUUCUCAUACUCAAGCAUGGCAAACGGUUAGGUGUUAACAUUGGAAACAGUGUUCGGCUUUAAGUCUUUCCCAAAUUCUUCCAUAUUAUUGACAAAAUAUGAUUUCUUUAUUAAUUUAUCACGGAAACAUGAUAUUGAGUUUGAGCAGUAGAAUAGUUUCAUAAAUACGGGCCCUGGUUUCCAUUUAUGAAUUAGUUGUUUUAACAAAAUAAAACUUGUCAUAGAUCAUGGGUAGCCUACAUACUUUCCUAGAUUUCACAGAGGACAUCAGGACGGAUACCAUACAUUAUUGUAUGUGGUGACAGAAACGCUUACACUUCCGGAACAUCUUGUUUCAGCUCCGGUUUUCUGUAAUGGUUUAGGGCGUAGCGUGUCUGCCGUGAUUUACUUGUUGUUUUCUAUCGGCCGAGUUUGAAUUGAAGA